AUGUGCAAACGCGAUCAUCCGGAGGUGGACCAGGAGGCGUCUAGGCAAGCACUCAUCAAGGCAGAAACGAUAAUCAUGGAGCGCCAGGGUCUCCGCAUACCUCUGCAGCCUGUUCCCGUUAUCGACGACAACGGAUACAUCUGCGUCGACCCUCCCGUGGACAUCCGAAGAGAGCUGCUAGACCACAAGGAGAAGUUCGCUGUGAUUGAGCACGACAUACAGGUUCUGACGGCCAAGAUCGAGUAUCUGGCCAUCCGCAAAGGCGUGACGUCGGACGAGCUGGACGCAGGGGCGCGCCAACACCUUGGUGUCGUGGUGGACACGCUGGUAGAGUCGGCGACUCCACGCAAGCACGCUAAAGCAGACCCUACCGCGGACAGAAGUGGCCCAAUGGAAGUCGCGCAGACUCCACUGACGCGUGCACUGGCGGCAGUGCCAUCAAUCUCUCCCUGUCUUGCACCUCACACACCUGCCGUGAAAGAUAGCCAAGUUACUGCCGGAGACGCGACACCUGCUGUGGUCAGGCAACAACAGCGCGACCAUCUUGCAGUGGCUUUGCGCAGCCGCGCUAAGACUCCCGUGCCCGCAGCUCCAGGUAACCCCGGAAGGGUCGCAAGCAGCGGCCGAACGGGAGUUAUGUGGAACGCAGAGACGCAGAGGUACUACGUCCGGAUCAUAUCUGCUCGCCGUCAGCAGGUUCGUCUGGGGUCGUACGAGGACAAGGACGAGGCGUCAUACGCGUAUGCUGCGGGAGCCGUUGUACUUCGCCCGAACUCACGCAUCAGCUGCACGGUUGAGCUGUCCGACGGUGACAGGCAGGCUUUAGCCAGCUGCACAGAGGAGAUCCUAAGGCUACUCGUGAAGUACAGGCGCUGGAACAGAUGGAGGGAGUGGAGAGCCGCAAUGGCUGGCCUGGACGACGCGCAGCCGGUUGAGACCCGUUCGCGGCGAAAGGGCAGAGUGUCCUGGGCCAUUAGUGACGUUGAGGAGGUGGAGGCGAUCACGCAGACUACAGAGGACCAGCCUAUGGCUGAAGAGCCAGAGGACCGAACAGAGGACUACACGGAUGACGAUGAGUCCGUUGACGAUGAUGCUGUGUACGAACCUGGAAACGAUACUUUCGACGAAGAUGAUGGAUGGGAGGAUGUCAACCAUGCACAAGGUGUUGCAUGA